UAUCUUUUUAAAUGACGUAACCAACAAAUACUCCUGUAUAUAAGGUAUGAAGUGGCCAAAGAGGCUGGAUUUCUUCAGAACGGCGCAGAUAAUCUCAGGAGGACGACCAGGCAUAUCAGGAAUACACCGAAGCAUCGCAUACAAGGAAGAAAAUAGAGCUGAAAUCAUGACGACCUUUGUUAUCAAACACCAGACCUCUGGAAAGUUCAUCCAUCCUCAAGGAGGUUCUCUUACCCCGUGCGACGAAACUGCGCUGGUGUUGCACCAAGACGUACAUAGCGGCAUGCACUUUGCAUUCGACGCAACAUGCAAUGGAUACGGCUACAUCCGACACGUCGGAAGUGGAAAAUGCAUCCAUCCCAAAGGAGGAGCCAGUACCCCGUGCAACGAAACUGAACUCGUUCUCAACGGAGAUCGCCAUAAUGGUGCCCUAUUCUGUAUAGAUACGUGCAACAAGCGCAUUCAACACCAUGGCGGGAAAUACAUCCAUCCCCAGGGAGGCCAGGCCAACCCAUGCAACGAUACCAAAAUGGUGUUACAUGGUGACUGUCAUGACAAUAUGAAGCUCCUGAUCGUUUCUCCAUCCAACACUUGCGAGGAGAUCUGUCCAUAGAGUAUGCUAUGCCAAAUACACGUCACUCGGAAACCGCUGGUGAUCAACUGAUGGAUCCAAAUUAUACCCCAAGAAUGUAUCUCUAAAUGACGGAUGCACCAGACUCUCGGACCUAAACAGCUUAAAGUAUUAUCCCACCAUGCGUCUAUAGCUUAUUUACGACAUUGGAUGAAUGAAAGAAUUACAAGCCAUUCGCAGAUUAAAUAUAUUUCUCCGUCUUUAAAUUAGGUGAUUAAAGCUUUGUUGAAUACUCUCGUGCUUAGUAAUCUAAGGCCAUGUCUUGUUUGAUCGACCUCUCUUACAACCGAGCCUUUCUGGGAUAAAUCUAUAUCGUAUCUAAGAUAAUCUUGCUAUUUCAAAAUUUUUUUGUGUGCUAUUAAUAAAAGCCUUAAUCAAUUACC